AUGGAUCCCGCCGUUGUCGGCCUCCCUACCAUCGCCGCCAUCACCGGCCUUCUCGAGGUCGGCGCCGCUGCCAUCGACAUCCUUAGCGACCUCAACAUCUCGCCCCAGCACGACACCCUCGUCCUCAACAUCCUCCUCCGCGAGGUCAAGGAGUGCCGAUCCUCCGUCCACGCCUUCUACAAGACCCUCAACCUCAUCGAGAACAGCCAGGUCCCCUUCCCUGCCCGCGCCGCCUGGAUCUCGCUCGAAACCCUCGUCGCGACCCUGACGGAUACCGUCCUCGCCUUCUCCCGCCUCUCCACGUUAUGCUGCACCGUCGACGAGGAGGCGUCGCAGUCGAGCCCUGAAUAUGCGGCCAAGCAUUUUGAGAAGCGCAUCAAGGCGCUGUGCGCGAGGAUCCGGUGGCAUAACCUCUCAAUCGCCAUGAUGAUGACAAUAGUGAACUGCCCCGGAGAAAAAGACGCAAAGAACAGCCGCGACGAACUCGCGCACCGCGUGGCCAGACUGCUCACAUUCAACGUUGGCCUCGCAGCUCGAUUGCGACACACCAGCCGGCCCGGAUCCUCGGCUGCCAAGACGACGACUUCGGGAGCCCAGGUCCCCGACACCCCCGAGAUCACCCCCGUCAAUGUGGGGCGCAUAUCCGCACCGGCGUCUUGGCCCGCCUCCGCGUCCCCCUACUCGGGCACCCUCGCAAACCUGACAACACCAAAGUCUCUGUCCCGCAUUAUCCUGCCGAUAGAGCUGAGGGAGCUGCGUGAUGACUAUGAAUACUAUACAGCCGUGUUCCCUCAGCAGGUUGGUGGCUGUGAGUUUCCUACUGGUGGUGUGCUCAUGGGCACUCCAUACGAUAUCGCAUCAGCCCGGUGA